AUGGACUUUGACGACGAAAGUCAGCCUAUGGCUCUUGAUAGACCACUCUCACCUACUCCUUCGAGAUCUGUUUCAGUAGAUCCCGCGCGGCUCGUCGGUCGCUUCCACGAUGCCCGAUCGUCGUUGGAAGAAGAAAGCGCAUUCGAAUUUCCUCCCUCCCAACCUAUACCGAUCGAUUCGAUACGUGCCUCAAAGUCCCGUCAUAGCAUAUCACAAGGACGGCCAAAACGCCUGUCAACGACGAAUAAACCAGGCAUGCCGCUGAACAUCCUGCCUUCUGCUCCAGCCUCUCCUCCUACACCUGCACCUUCUCCCACACCAUAUCAGCGUGCUCCUAGUUGGACAUCUGCAGGGGAAAACGAAGAUGCCUUCCUACGAGAUGCUAGGGGGCAUUUUGCAAGUUUGAAUGCCGCCGAAAGAGAACGGUACCUGGCUGAACUACUGAACAUGUGUGACAGUCAUCUGUUGAGUUUUGUCCACCAUUUCGUCUCUCCCCGACUUAAAAAAGACCCCUUUGAACAUCUUCCCGAUGAAUUGUGUCUGAGAGUUCUGUCGUAUAUUGAUGAUCCACUUAGUCUCGCCCGGGCUUCCCAAGUCUCUCACCGAUGGCAUAAACUAUUAAAUGAUGAUAUGCUAUGGAAGAGAAUGCUCGACAAACAAAAUUGGCGGAGAGCGUCUUCCAGUUCGAUCGAUGAAAUGGAGCCUCUAUCCCUACCAAGAUCUGCUCAUGGCCCUUACAGCUACGGUCGAUCACCGAAACGAAGUCUCGAUGGCUCGAUUGUAGGUCCAUCGAGCAGCGCACCAAACCUGACUCUCCCUGGCUCGACCGGUCCCUCGUCUAGUCCGCGACUUAAGAAACGACAGUCUCAGUCUCAUUAUUCUCACUUCAGACACAAGUACCUGAUUGAAGCAGCUUGGAGAAAGGGUGGGCACAGUAUCAUCAAACACAUUACUCCUGAUCAGGGAGUAGUGACCAGCCUGCAUUUGACUGAUAAAUACAUUGUCGUGGCCAUGGACAAUGCAAAAAUCCACGUUUUCAACACCGUUGGAGAGCAUCAAAAGACAUUAAAAGGUCAUGUCAUGGGGGUAUGGGCCAUGGUUCCCUGGGACGAUAUUCUUGUCAGUGGUGGAUGUGACCGGGAUGUUCGGGUUUGGAACAUGUCUACAGGGAGAAGUAUCCACACACUAAGGGGUCAUACUUCAACUGUUCGAUGCCUGAAAAUGUCGGACGUCAAUACUGCUAUUUCUGGUUCGAGGGAUACGACAUUGCGGAUAUGGGAUUUACCUACCGGGAUGUGUAAGAAUGUCCUUGUUGGCCACCAAGCAAGCGUGCGUUGCCUCGCAAUCCAUGGGAAUCUUGUCGUCUCGGGGAGCUACGACACCACGGCACGCAUCUGGAGUAUCUCAGAAGGACGUUGUCUGCGCACACUGACCGGCCAUUUCAGCCAAAUAUACGCCAUUGCUUUUGAUGGAAACAGGAUCGCCACUGGAAGUCUCGAUACUAGUGUCAGAGUAUGGGAUCCAAAGACCGGGGUUUGCACUGCUAUCUUGCAAGGGCACACAUCUCUUGUUGGACAACUGCAGAUGCGAGGCGAUACACUUGUCACCGGAGGAUCCGACGGAUCUGUCAGAGUUUGGUCAUUGUUGACGAAUUCACCCAUCCACCGGCUGGCUGCUCACGAUAAUAGUGUUACAAGUCUGCAGUUCGAUGAUAACCGCAUUGUCAGUGGCGGUAGCGAUGGACGUGUCAAGAUCUGGAAUGUCGAGACCGGUCAAUUAGUGCGUGAACUGAGCCAGCCUGCCGAAGCUGUCUGGAGGGUUGCUUUCGAGGAGGAGAAGGCGGUUAUCAUGGCCAGUCGAUCAGGUCGUACGGUUAUGGAGGUUUGGUCCUUCUCACCUCCCGAUGAGCAAUACGAUGUUCGUCGAUCGGAAAGCCCAAUGAGUCUUCCUGAACAGACGUCAAGUGUGGCGGGAGAUGAUGACACGCUGCAUUCCGACCACGACAUCGGCGAUGCUGAUGCCCCCAUGAAAGAUGUGUAG